UUCCGCUCAGCUGUUUUUGUUUAGUAAUUACUUCAUUGUUUUCAUAGUGCAAUAGCAGAACAAUCGACAGUUUUACCAAAUAAAUAAACAAACAAAUGUUGGCUGGUUUGAAAAAAGUGUGCGCUAUGAAAAUAGUUUGUUGAAUAAUCAACCUUACCCAACCUAAGCGACCAAAGGACGAACUGCGCCACCAACGGUGCAAGGUGCAAGCUAUGAAUUGCGCCAUCAACCGUAGUCGUAUGCUUCUUCGUAACGCAUAUUUAGGAAAUGUGGCUCGCCCUUGUUCGUCCAGUUCCAAAGGAAAUGAACCAAAAGGAUGUAGUACACCCGAGCUUCCACCAGAGCCCACAACGUGUUGCAUGUCCGGUUGCCAGAACUGUGUGUGGAUUCAGUAUGCCGCUGAGCUGACAAAAAUACUGAACGAUGGGGGCGAAAAAGCACGCGAACUCGUGUUGGAGAAGAUAAGUGAUCCUAGUCUGAAAAUGUUUCUCAGAAUGGAACUACAAAAUAUAGAAACCAAAAAUGAUCCGGACGAUCCAACGUAACGGCGGAGCUAACAAUAGCUGUUGAAAGGCCCAUCGUUUGCUCAAUGAAAUAUUCUUGCACUCAGCCCAGUUAUUUUGUAGUAUUUUAAUGUAUGAACCAAAUAAACGAGAGGACGAUUUAUA